AUAACGUUUGGAAUCAUGUCUAAGACGGAGAAUAAUCCGAAUGCUGAAUUAAGCAUAAUGGAGCAAAUACAAAAUUUAAUAAAACCCCCGCCAACGGAAGAUGAAAAAUUAGGCGUUCGUCCGACGGCCACAAAACAUCCAUACUAUAAAAGACCUGGCAGAGGUCAUAACCAUGAUUUGUGUGAUGCCUGCGAAGAAGGGGGUGAUCUAUUAUGCUGUGACCGUUGUCCAUCCAGUUUCCAUUUACAAUGCCAUGAUCCUCCUCUAACCGAAGAUGAUAUACCCAGUGGCCAGUGGUUAUGUCAUAAUUGUCGUAUGACAUUAAAAACAGCUCCUUCGAAUUCAUCAAAAUCUAGUUCUGUAGAACGUACAUCGACAACAUCAGCUGCGGCGGCUGCUGCUGCCAAUUCAAGACCUAAUACUCCAUCCGCUGGCGGUGAUUUGGAGUCGAUACCAUUAAAGAUACGUCAUUUACGUAAACGUAGUAGUAGUCGUGCUUCGUUUUGCAGUGAUUUAAGUAGUACAGAAAAAUAUCUAUCAAAGUUGCCAGUUGGUAUACAGAGAGCAUUGGAUCCGAACAAGAAACCCACACCAUUAGAUGAACUAAUCAAAGCAGCAAGUAUUUUAAAUCCAAAACAAUUUGAAUUACCCAGAGAAUUGGAGAUACAUACACAAUUUCCGGGCAAUGAUAAAAUUGAACCUAUUCGUAAAAAUGGCAAUAAUCAUAAAAAACCAAAUUAUCGAAGAAAUUCCAAACCAUUCGAAUUGGAUUCACAAGGCUUGGUACCUUUGCCAGCAAAAACAUGUUUCUAUUGUCAUCGUUCAUGCAAAAAGGCACCACUGGUGGCCUGCGAUUAUUGUCCCCUAUAUUUUCAUCAAGAUUGUUUGGAUCCACCAAUGACAGCAUUGCCAACUGGAUUAUGGAUGUGUCCAAAUCAUGUGGAAAAUUUUAUUGACAAUAAUCUUCUCUCAAGUAUUUCAGCAACGGAACGUGUACGUUUGUGGGAUAAAUUCUCACAGCCCUUUGAUCAUGAAGCAGUCAAAAUGGAUUUUUUUCGACGUGUACAUAUGAAAAAUCCACCAUUUCGUAUUAAAGUGCCGAUAAAAUCCCGCGAGGCAAUACAAGUACCGCCAAUGGUUAAAUAUCACUAUGAAAAUCCUCCACCCUUGUUACCCUCCCUAAGAGAAACGCUACGUUAUGAUAUUGUGAAACGACGUAAAUGUUUGCCCAGUUCUCCUGAGGUUAUAUCGAAAGAGAGUGUUGCCGAAUCAUUGGUCAAAGAUUUGGAAGCAUUGAAGACGGCAAAAGCUAAGUUCAGAGAAAUACAAAAGGAAUUGGGACGUGUUGAAGAAUUAAGCAGCAGCAGUAGUGAAAGCAGUGACAAUGAUGAUGAUCAUGAUGAUGCUAAUGACGAAAAACAUGAGGAUAAAUCAGAUAAUAAAGAGGCUGAAAAGACGGAUGAUGGGUCUACGAAGGAGGAUAAAACACCAAUUGGUGAGAUCAAUGAAAAACCUGACAAAGAUAAUGAGGGGUCACAAGAUGAGGAUACUGACAAGACGACAAAUAAAACAGCAGCAAAAUCCAAACGUCUUAAACGUAAUUCAACAGGUCAGCAAAUGUCAUCCAACGUUAAAGAACCGGAAAUUAAAACCGAAACUGAAACCAUAACAGAAGAAAAAUUGAUUGAUGACAAAUCUUCGCAAACAGCGACAGAGGAACAAAUUAAAAGCGAACCAUUGAACCAAAGUGCCGGCGCUGGCUAUGAUUCUGAUGAAGAAACAAAAUAUGAUCCACAAAUUGAUGCUGAGUUGCAAUAUUUAGAUGUGGAUCUAAUCAAGAAAUUGGCCUAUCAACGUUUACAACAACUCAUCCAAGAUCAUCCGGAAAUUGUGGGACAAUAUCAAAAUCGUACCGCCGCCAAACGUAUACGAGAACUGACACAAGUUCCAACACAAAUGUCAUGCGGAGAACAUGUACCGCCACCGCCGCCAGUACCAUCGGAAAUCCUGUCGCCAACCGAUAUUAGACGUUUAAGUAUAAUGUUCACGGGAGAGACCUCAUCGAUUUUGGUCCAACCAAAUAGCGUCUCAGAAGAUAUGCCUCAACUGCAUCCUGCCUUGGCCACAGCGGCAGCAAUUGUGGCCGCCGAUGAGGAGGAACAAAAAUAUACACCACGUGUCUAUACUGAUCAAGAGAAAGCAUACGAAAUAGCCAGCCGACUUGAAUUGAAACUGUUGCGACGAAAAAUACGUUGCCGAGCUGUGCUAACACCGCUAGGUGAUAUACUCGAAGAUAAUCGUUGGUUUAGCAAUAUUGAACUGCACUCAUCGUUCUUUAUGCGGUAUCGUAGUAUUAACAUUGGCUAUGGUGACAGCAACAUGGGUGUGGACGUUAAUUUAUCCGUUAUUGGCUACUGUCGGCGUAUAUCCCCCAAACAUGCCACCAUAUUCUAUGAUGAUUUCACUAAAACCUAUGAGUUAAUCAAUUACUCGGAAUAUGGUACUGAGGUUAAUGGACAAUUGUAUUCCUGUGACUUUACCGAACCCAGUCCAACACCUGCUAAAAAACUGAAAGCUGAAGAUGUGGAAUUGCAAAGAAAAGUGCAGGCAAUUUUAGAUAAAAGAAGAGGCAUACAACGUCACUAUUAUGUUGUGGAUAAUACAGCAAGAAUGGCACCACCACCAAAGCCCGACUGUAAAUGUUCACCUUACGAUGAGACACCCAUGAUAAAGGGUGCUUGGGAGGGUACAGCUAUACUUCAGCAUGGUUCUCUUAUGCGUUUUGGGUGUUUAGCCUUUGUGUUCUCAAUACCCAAAAUAGAUACAUGCCAUGGUCAAGGAUAA